CUAACUGUCGUAAUCUGCUUAGCUGCAGCUCACUCUGCCACACGGUAGCUACAUUGAAAUUAAAUUUGAAAACGCGGCUGCAGAAAAAAUCAUGGCAGACGAAGAGAACCUGCCACCUGGAUGGGAGAAAAGAAUGAGCCGCAGUUCAGGCAAGGUUUACUACUUCAACCACAUCACCAACGCCAGCCAGUGGGAACGUCCGGUGGGAGACGGCCGCGGAGAGCCAGACAAGGUACGCUGCUCUCACCUCCUGGUGAAGCACAAUCAGUCGCGUCGGCCAUCGUCCUGGCGGGAACAAAAUAUCACGCGAUCUAAAGACGAGGCCCUGGAUCUCAUUCAGAAGUACAUAGAACAGAUCAAGUCUGGACAGGAGAAGUUCGAGUCUCUGGCUUCUCAGUUCAGCGACUGCAGCUCAGCUAAGAACGGCGGUGAUCUGGGACUGUUUGGCAGAGGUCAGAUGCAGAAGCCUUUUGAAGACGCCUCCUUUGCUCUCAAAGUGGGAGACAUGAGCGGUCCUGUUUUUACGGACUCUGGCGUCCACAUCAUCCUACGCACUGGUUGAAAGGAAGACGCCACGCACUGUACUUUCCUCUUACAUCUUCACGCACACACAGCAACACACACACACACACACACAGUCCAAACCAACCAAGCCUGCGAUUAAUGACAAACGCCACCCAAUAAACAAAGCUUACAGCCUGUGUCGCAUUAUUUUAGGCGGGAUCGUCUUGACCUAAGCACCAUCCAACAUGUAUGAAUAAUUUCAUUACACUGAGCAUCCAGGAGUGUUUGCGAUUAUUCCUUAAGACCUCAAGCUUGUAUUAACCGGAGAAAUGCAGAUAUAUAAAAACAUGAGUGCCUGUGGACGCCAGCGCCUCGUGGAAACCGUUUCACUUGAGUGAAGUUUAAUAAUGCAAAAGCUUGUUAUUGGUAUGUGCAUGUCUUCAAAAGGACCAUUCACUUUAUGUUUCCCUGUAACCUUUCCCACUUCUGCUGUUUGUGCCAAAGCAGCUCCUCUACCUUUCAUUAUUAUUAUUUAGGAAAAUGGUGUUUAAAAUGCUUUUUAACCGCUGCAGAUGCCUGCAGUCGGAGAAAGCACUCACCACUUAGCAAGGAUUCAAGUUUUCUGUCAUUUCUGAAUAUUUAGUUAUUUGUUUUCAUGAUCCAGUUUGAGAAGUGCAUGGUUUCUCCCCUUGGAUAUGCCACGACGGCACCAUAGACAGCUUGCAGGUUUUAACUUUAAGCUCCACAGCUUUUAAAAGCAUCGAUGUUCAGAUGAACUAUUAACACUGUUGUGUCAUUGGGGCAUAAAUGAAUAAAAACUUUUUUUUUUGUAA